ACCAUCCCAGCAAGAGCAAGCUUCAACCUUUGCAUGCAGAGACCUAGUGGAAUAGAGCGAGGGGAAUGGAGCAAGGAGACGAGGCGUCGUCGGUGACCAAGGAGAGCCCGGAGCAGCAGCUUACCCGGGACCGGGAGCAGCAGCACGACGCCGGCGUGGCGUGGCUGAACCUCACGCUUCGCGCGGGCGAGUCGCCCUCGCCGGACGCGGCCGCGAGCUGCUCCGCCGAGUCCGGGUCCGGGUCCGGGUCCGGGUCCGGGUCCGGGCCCGAGCCCACCGCCAAGCCGUCCGCCGCCCCGCACAAGGUGUUCUCCUGCAACUUCUGCCUGCGCAAGUUCUUCAGCUCGCAGGCGCUAGGCGGGCACCAGAACGCGCACAAGCGGGAGCGCAGCGCCGCCAAGCGCUCCUACCACGCGCACCGCAUGAUCGUGGGCCUGCCGCUGCACGCGCACGCCGCGCUCAUGCACUCGCUCCGGGUCAGCCCGGCCUCGUCGCCGAUCCACAAGGCGGCGGGCCCGGCCAGAGCGGCGGCGAGGUUCCUCGAGGGCGGCUCCGCCUGGGGGACGACGGUCGCCGCCUGCGAGGAGGCGCCCGGUUCGGCGGCGUGGCCUGGGAGCUUCAGGCUGAGAGCGCAGCACUCGGAGCACGAGCGAGCGUUCGAGACUGAACAGAGCAAGAUCGACUUGGACCUCAGGCUCUGAUGGGGGGAUGUGCCCGUGCAUGGUCAGUUCAUCUGCUGAAUAAAUCUGGUCUGGAGAUAUGAUCAGGUUCAGCUCACUGUCAGGUGAAAACCCAUAGAGUUUUGGACAUAUUGAGUCGCUUAGAAUUGUUUUGAUGGUACUGCAAUUAUGCAUUUCUGUAGCUGGAAACUGUACUUUAGAUCUAUUGACAGACAUCAGUUUUCUUGCAUGUUUU